ACCCAAAAGGUCAUAGUUUUAGUCUAUUUGUGGGCAAAGUAAUAUCCAAAAAGCCUCUCAGCACAAGUAAAGACGCUGGAGAAAGAUGCCGACUCCUGCAGCCCGCGAAAGGUCGAGUCAUCAUGCAGUGGGUGUUCUACUGGCAGUACUGCGAGUCCUCCUAAACCUCACUCACGACAACGAACUGGGCAGCCAUCGUCUCGGGGAGCAAGAAGGAGCCGUCAAGACUGUUCUUGACAUCAUCUUCCUGUUGUGCGAUGUUCUACCAGAUGAGCAUCGCUUCGACACUAAUGUUCUGGGUCUUGGGCUCCUAAUCAACAUGAUAGAACACAACUCUUCCAACAGACAACAGCUGGAUAGGCUGCCAGUUGAUUACCACGUCCCUCUCCAUGGCAACGAGACUCUGCCCACUGGCGAGGGGUGUCCCCCACCAGAGGUCAAGGGUGAUGACGAGACCUCCCAGGAAGAGGGGCGUGGUUUGCUGAAAGGUCGCAACACAUGUGUGAGGUCGUUGAUUGCACUAUUUCUCAAGCACUACCACAAUGCAGAGGGAGCUACCAUUGAGUUAGAUCAUCUGAGCCCUUACCCUACUUUCCCCAUGGAUUACAAGAUUUAGACUCGCAUUUAUUUUACACAUUCUGAUUGGUCGAUUCAAUUCGACACAGUCUUAGUACGUACCUUCGACGAGACCUCACUCCCUCCUACGCUGACCGUCUGCAGGCUCAGACCACUCUGAGAGAAAUAGAUCCAAGAGAGGAAGAAGAGAAAGAGGGAGGGGGGAGUGGAGGAGAGGAAGAGGAGGGAGGUUCCCGGCAUGACUCCACACUCAGUGACAGCCGG